AUGGCAACAUAAAAGAAUUAAACUCAAAUUAAUCCCCCUGAUAAUCUUCAAGAAAAAGUAAUCUUGAAAACGAUUCUUUAGAAUUUAAAUGGAAAACCUGUUAACAUACAAAAACUAUAUCUCGAUUCAUGUUUCAAGGGAGGAAAUGGAGUCCAGUCGCUUGAGUAGAUUUAUGCAGAAAAUUACUGUUAAAAUGAUGAAAAUAGGCUAAUGUUAGUGACUCAAGCUAUUAAUUUAUUGGAAUAAUUCCAUAAAUAAGCUUUUUAUGUUCAUCGUAAUGUCAACCCUGAUAGUUUCAAGGGUAAAGAUGGUUAACUAUUUCUUGUAGAUUUCUCAAAGUCUAAAAAUAUCUAAGAAUUAGUUAUUUCAAAUAUAUAACAAGUAUCUAACAUAACUAGCAAUCCAAUGACCAUAUCUGUCCAUGUUCAUAAUUAAUUACACUCUCUUUAGGGAGAUGACAUUAUUUCUUGUCUUUACAGCAUGCUUAUACUCUUUGAAAGAUAAGGACUUACGUGGUAUGUACUCAACAGAGUUAUAAUACUCAAAUAUAUCUAUCAGAAUCAAACAAGUGUUUGA